CGGCUGCAUGUGUCCGGGAUGAAGGGGAGAGACGAAGAAGCCUUGGUUGACAUGUUUGUCAAGACUAAACAACUAACGUACUUAAAUUCGGAGAGUCGAGGUGGUUCUCUAAAGAAAACGCAAGCCAUCCAUAAUACUAGGUUUCAGAUACAGCACUGCCAGCUAUCUAAGGAGAUGACCGAGAAGUUGUGGUCCUGCCUCAGAUCCUUCACCUCACUGAACCAUCUCACCAUCUCAGACUCCUCUCUCAGUUUCCCUCCAUCUCCUCCUGAGCUUCUAUCUGCCACAGAGCUAUCAGCUAAGAGAGUGACGUCACAUAGCUACGAAGGUCUGCUUUCAUCGUUGCCUGGCCUGAGAGAUAUCGAUGUCUCUAUCGAUGUUGCAGAGACGAGCAACCCUCAUCAGAUCACCACCACCACAUCCAGACCUAGUAUGAGUCUGACUAGGGCUAGGGAUGAACAGUUCUUAGUUCAUAUCAGACUACACGCCUGGACAGAUCUCACCACAGACAGGAAGAGUGAAUCAGGAGAGACAAUUGGAGGGCUUAGUCUUCUAAUUGAAGACAAGACCAAAGACAAACAUAGGCUGCAUGUGUCCGGAGCGAGGGACAGAGACGAAGAAGCCUUGGUUGACCUGUUUGUCAAGACUAAGCAACUAACGUACUUGAAUACGGGCGUAUUUAGGAAUGGAGAUGGUUCUCGAAACGACAGAAUCGCCGUCCAAGUGAGUAGAAUUUUGCAUUACUGGUGCUAGGCAGAAAUAACCGUCUGGUAUCAGUGGUAU